AUAGACCUCUUCUGGAGCUGAAACUCAUCUGAAAAUCCACAAGACAGACUGGCCAGAUCUCAGAGGAGCCCAUCUGGCUAAACAAAACACUACAGAACUGCUGCCUAAUUUACAGCAACUAUGAGUAAGAAUGCUGAUGAUCAUCAGGUCGAAGAUAGGCUGAAGGAACUGAGAUGUCACUUUACCUGGGGGCUGCUAAUUGAAGAGAGUGCAAUACCUGAUUUAGAAAACAGGGUCUUGGAAGAGAUUGAGUUCCUAGACACCAAGUACAAUGUGGGAAUACACAACAUGCUGGCCUAUGUGAAGCACCUGAAAGGCCAGAAUGAGAAAGCCUUGGAGAGCUUGAAAGAAGCGGAAGACUUAAUCCAGCGAGAUCAUGCCAACCAAUCGGAAAUGAGAAGUCUGGUGACCUGGGGCAACUAUGCCUGGGUGUGCUACCACCUGGGAAGACUGGCAGGAGCCCAGACUUACCUGGAUAAGGUGGAGAGCACUUGCGAGAAGUUGGCAAGUCCUUUCCGCUAUAGAAUGGAGUGUCCUGAGAUGGACUGUGAGGAAGGAUGGGCCUUGCUGAAGUGUGGAGGACAGUAUUAUGAACGGGCCAAGGCCUGCUUUGAAAAAGCUCUGGAAGCAGACCCUGAAAACGCUGAAUUCAGCACCGGGUAUGCAAUUGCCACUUAUCGCCUGGAUGGCUUUAAUGCAGCAAUAAAACGCACGGAGGGGUGUUCUUUGCACCCCCUAAGGCAGGCGAUCAGGCUAAGUCCAGAAGAUGCAUAUAUUAAGGUUCUCCUUGCACUGAAGCUUCAGGAAGUAGGACAAGAAGCUGAAGGAGAAAAGUACAUUGAGGAAGCUCUGACCAACAAGUCCUCACAGACUUAUGUCUUUCGAUAUGCAGCCAAGUUUUACCGAAAAAAAGGCUCUCUGGAUAAAGCUCUUCAGCUCUUAAAAACAGCCUUGCAGGCAACACCCGACUCCGUCUACCUGCAUCACCAGAUAGGGUGUUGCUACAGACAACAAAUGAUCGAAAUGAAGGAAGCUACAAAGUUGCCACGUAGCAGAGAGGAUGAAGAAAAUGCAGACAGAAUGAUGAGAUUAGCCAUAUUUCAUUUUGAACAUGCUAUACAGAAAAAGCCCACAUUUACAAUAGCGUAUAUGGAUUUAGCCAACAUGUAUACAGAGCAAGGUGAACAUCAAAAGGUUGAGGACACGUACCGGAAAGCACUCACCCUGCAUGAUGGUAAUAAGAGCCUAUUGCAGGAGGUCCAUUAUCGUUACGGCUACUUUCUGCAAUGUCACAAGCAAUCUGACAAUGAGGCAAUUACCUACUAUUUAAAAGCACUAUACAUAGAACCACAGUCAAAUGCUAGACAAAAAAUUCUCCGUGCUUUAGAGAAGUCGGUUAACAGAGUUCAUCAGAAUAAAUCUGAUGUGGAGAGUUUAAAUCUCCUUGCGCUCGUGCACAGAUUGAAAGAGGGAAGAGAGUGAAGCUCUGAUGUCCUAGGAGAGACCCUGCACCUGGAUGCUGGCCUGAGGCCUGUCUUUAGAAAUAUUAAAUGUUAACAUAUCUAAAUCUACCAUCAUACAGAUCUUUCCUCAUUAGUGUCUUCAAGAAGGUAUGACAGGAUAGAUCACAAAAGAGUUGG